AUGGCGCAUGCUCCCUCGCCCUUCCUCGACCCAGGAACCCAUGCAUCAGCAAAUAACAUCGGGAUCUUACAGUUGCGCCGCGACCAUCUCAUCCCAGCCGUCCUCUCACCCAACGCCGAUUCCGACUACGCAGAAGGCAAGGUCGAAAACACUCGUUUUGGCUCCUUCCCGCAUAGUACCCUCGUCGACCAGCCCUGGGGCACGCAGAUACUCGCGUCCGUCGUCGAUACUGGCUCUCGUGGCAAAGCAAAGAAGCGGAAGCGGGAUGCGAAAGAUAAUGGCGCAGAGACGACAAUCCCCGAGGUAGGAGAGGUGGUCAAGAAGGAUCUUGUGAAAGCUUCGACAGCAAGUAGUGGGUUCGCGCAUCUCAUACCACCUACACCAGAGACGUGGACUUUGUCUCUACCACACCGAACCCAAGUAGUUUAUACGCCGGAUUACAGCUACAUAUUGCAGCGACUGCGCGUACGGCCGGGCGACCACAUCAUUGAGGCAGGCGCAGGAAGUGGCAGCUUCACGCACGCCGCAGUAAGAGCAGUCUUCAACGGCUAUCCUGCGUCCGAUGACAUAACAAAUGGGACGAACGAUGAAGAGGCAAAUGCCGUUGGAGUGUCCAAGAAACGCAAGCGCAAAAGUAGACGUGGGGGCGUCUACAGCUUCGAGUACCACGAGCCACGCGCACAGCAACUACAGGUUGAGAUCAAGGACCACCGCCUGAAUGACCUCGUCACAGUCACGCACCGCGAUGUAUACAACGACGGCUUCUGCUUAGACGACCCAAGCAGCCCAGACGCGGACGCCAUUUUCCUCGACCUCCCCGCGCCCUGGCAAGCCCUCAAGCAUCUCACGCGCUCACCACCUUCCUCUGCCGUCCUAAAGGCUGUUGCCGAGGACCCUUCAACACCCUCCGGCGAACCAGCACCCGCCACACCUCAAGUUCAACCACCCACAACACCGAAGCCCUUUCGCUCGCCGCUCAAUACCAACAACGCUAUCCGCAUAUGCACUUUCUCCCCAUGCAUCGAACAGGUCACAAAGACCGUCUCCGCAAUGCGCUCUCUCGGUUGGCUAGAAAUAGACAUGGUCGAGAUCCAAGCCAAGCGCCUCGAGGUCCGUCGCGACCGCGUAGGCCUCCAGGAAGAAGGUGUGCGCGGCGGCAAUUCGAGUCCCGCGACCGUCCAGGAAGCCGUGCAGCGAUUACGCGAUGUAGAAGGACGUGCGGCGGUGUUCCAUGGGUUGCAGAAGGAGAAGCAGCAGGAGGUUAUGCGCAAGGCGGAGGCGAAGAAGAAGGGUCAUAACGUAAAACCAGCCGAAGAUGGAGAGGGGAAGAAGAAGGCGAAGAUGGAGGGAGUGCCGCCCAGUAAGCAAGAUAGGCUUGAGCGGACGAAGAAGGAGUUGGAGAGCAGGACGUUGUUCAAAGAGGGGCGAUUAGUGCAUCGUACCGAGCCAGAGCUCAAGACUCAUACGAGUUAUCUGGUCUUUGCUGUGCUGCCGCGCGAAUGGAGUUGGGACGAUGAAGAGAAGGCGAGGAAGAACUGGGCUUGA